GCAAGGGUUUCAAUUCCCUGUUUUCCCAAUUUCCUUAUUGUGAAAGUAAUUACUUUUAUGAUUCUUGUUGGGGCGAUCUGUAAAUUCUUGAGUUCUUUUCCUGGAAUCUUUUAGAUGUCUACACCACCAAGGAAGUUAUGGACCGGCUGGUUAGCAACACCAAGAACCGAACCGGUUGACAAGGGCAAAAGCGUAAAUAUGGAUCAAGAACCGCUAAUUGACAAGCUUUCCAAGCUUGAAAAAGAGCUUUUUGACUACCAAUAUAAUAUGGGCCUUCUCCUGAUUGAGAAGAAGGAAUGGUCUUCCAAGUUUGAAGAAGUUAAGCAAGCCUUAGAAGAAUCAAAUGAAGCUUAUAGAAGAGAACAAGCAGCUCAUUCAAUUGCAAUAUCUGAAGUGGAGAAACGGGAAGAGAAUUUGAGGAAGGCUCUUGGAGUCGAGAAACAAUGUGUGCGAGAGCUAGACAAGGAGUUGUGUGAGAUGCGCUCAGGGUAUGCAGAGACUAAAUAUACAGCUGAUUCAAAAUUGGCAGAGGCAAAUGCACUGGCUACUAGCGUUGAAGAGAAAUCAUUGGAGGUAGAAGCAAAGUUGCGUGCAGUUGAUGCCAAGCUUGCUGAGGUGAAUAGAAAGAGCUCUGAAGUUGAGAGGAAACUUAAUGAAGUCAACGCUCAAGAAAAUGCGCUUCGAAGAGAACGGUCAUCUAUCAUUGCGGAGCGUGAAGCUUAUGAGACUAAUUUAUCCAGACAAAGAGAAGACUUGCACGAAUGGGAAAGAAAACUACAGGCAGCAGAGGAGAGGUUGGCUGAUGGCCGAAGAUUGCUUAACCAAAGAGAGCAGCGAGCCAAUGACACUGAUAGAAUGUUGAGGCAAAAGCAGAAUGACCUUGAAGAUGAGCAGAAGACAAUUGACACAGCUAACUCAGUUUUGAGGAAGGAAGAAGAUGAUAUGAGUAGCCGGCUAGCAAAUCUUACUCAUAAGGAGAAGGAACUCGAAGAUGUGAGGAAGAGCCUGGAGAUAAAAGAGAAAGAGUUACUCGAUCUACAGGAAAAACUGAAUAUUAAAGAGAGGGAUGGAAUUCAAAAUCUAAUGGAUGAACAUCGAAGUCUCCUGCAUUCCAAGGAAGAGGAGUUUGAAUUGGAACUGAGGCAGAGACGGGCAUCAUUGGAUGAGGAACUGAAAGGUAAGGUGCUUGAGUUGGAGAAGAAGGAAGCUGAAGUUAAUCACAUGGAAGAGAAGAUUAAGAAACGAGAACAGGCCAUUGAAAAGAAAAUGGAGAAAGUAAAGGAGAAGGAGAAGGAUAAUGAGCUGAAGUUAAAGACAUUGAAGGAAAAGGAGAAGUCAUUGAGAAAUGAGGAGAAAAAUUUGGAAACUGAAAGGAAGCAGAUAGUUCCUGAGAAGGAGAAUUUGCUAGCUCUGAAGGCUGAGAUUGAGAAUGUAAGAGCUGACCUUGAAAAGCAACAGAUGAAGAUUAGUGAAGAUACAGAACAACUUAAAAUAACUGAAGAUGAGAGAACGGAACAUGCUCGCCUACAAUCAGAAUUGAAGCAAGAGAUAGACAAAUAUCGACUCCUCCGAGAAGAUCUAUUGAAGGAAGCUGAAGAUUUGAAGCAAGAAAAAGAAAGGUUUGAGAGAGAAUGGGAAGAACUGGAUGAGAAAAGAUCUGAGAUCAAGAUAGACUUGCAGGAACUUAAUGAACAGAGAAAGAAUUUCAAAAAACUGAAGCGCACUGAAGAGGAAAGGAUAGGCAAGGAGAAGCUGGAAACAGAAAAUUAUGUACAGAGGGAGUUGGAAGCCCUUAGAGUGGCAAGAGAAACAUUUGAAGCCACCAUGGAUCAUGAGAAGUCACUAUUAGCAGAGCAAGCUCGAAGUGAGAAAAGCCAAAUGCUUCAUGCCUUUGAACAGCAGAAAAGAGAACUUGAAAGUGAUAUGCAGAGGAAGCAGGAAGAAAUGGAGUCUGCACUGCAUGUACGGGAGAAAUUCUUUGAGGAAGAGCGGCAGAGGGAGCUCAGCAAUAUUGAAUAUUUAAAGGAAAUUGCCCAUAGAGAAAUGGAAGAGAUGAAAUUAGCAAGAGUCGGUCUGGAGAAAGAAAAACAGGAAAUUUCUGCUAACAAGGGAAUUCUUGAAGUACAACAGUUAGAGAUGAAAAAGGAUAUUGAUGUGCUUGUUGGGUUAAGCAGGAAGUUGAAGGAUCAGAGGUUAGCUUAUAUUAAGGAAAGGGACAGGUUUAUUGAUUUUGUCAAGCAGCAGAAGAGCUGCAGCUCUUGUGGAGAAGGAAUUUGUGUGAUUGACUUUUCUGACCUUCAAGUUCUAGCUGAAGCGGAGAGUUUUGAGGCCCCUCCUCUGCCAAGUGUUGCAGAGGAAUAUCUGAAGGAUGGUCUGCAAGGAUCUUCGGGAAGGACUAGUGCUGAGCUGUCUCCUGGUGCUGGAACCAUGUCCUGGCUUCGAAAAUGUACAUCCAAGAUCCUCAAAUUCUCACCAAGCAAAAACACUGGGAAUGCUGCUUCUGAUUGUCUGAUUGAUGGAACUUCUCUGUCAGAGAAGUGUGGGGGCAUAUCACCAAAUAAACUAUCAAACGAAGGAAAUCCAAUGGAUCUGGCUACUUCCAUGAAUGUUCUUGACGAUCAGAAGCUUCAACAGGGUGAUGGCAUUAGAGAGGUGGAAGUCGGGCAAGACGUUGUAGAAGACUCUCAGCAUUCGAACAUGAAAGCUGGCCAGCGCAGACCUGUCAAGAAAGGGCAUGGUAGUAGUAGUAAAACAGCAAAAGCUGCAGAUACAAUGGCAGUUCUUGAAAAAGUUCCUAAAGAGGGUGAGAAUAUGCACCCCAAUGGAAGUUUGGAGACUUCAGUUAAUAUGAACGAGGAGAGCCAGAGAGAAUCUGGUCUUUUGCAUGGAGCACCAAGAAAUUCCAGAAAGCGUAGUCACAUGCAUAGAUCACAGGGAACGGCUAGUGAGAUCGACGGCAAUGAUAGUGAAAGACAGUCGGAUAGUGCAGCCAGCAGUCGCAGGAAGAGGAGACAACAGGCUGCCCCUAGCGUGCAGGGUCAUGUUGAAAGAAGAUACAAUCUGCGCCGACCUAGAAGUGCUGCACCAGCAACAUCCAAUGUACCUUUGCCUGACCCAGUUUCACAAGCUCAGGAAGAAAAUUGGAACUCUAAAGCUUCCCCGGAAGCUCCUCAGGUUGACAACAGUGAAGACGAUGGAAAAGAGAGAAAUUUUUCCACUGGUCAUCCCAUGGCAGCCGAGAGCCCUUUUAAUGAUGCGGUGGACAAUCAGGAAAGCAGUGCUAACAUGGCAAAUGAGCUGGUGGAUGGCACAGGUUUGAGCGAAGAGGUGAAUGAAACACCAAAACAACCUUCAGCUUAUGGUGUGAAUGGAGAUGAGGAGGAAGGUAGUGAUGACAGUAAUGAUGAUAGUAGUGAUGGUGAUGAGAGUGACGAGGAGGAAGGGAUUGAACAUCCCGGUGAAGUCUCUGUAGGGAAGAAGAUUUGGACUUUCAUCACGACAUAGUAGAGAUCUAAAUGACUUUGUACUCCGGUCGCGCAUUGGCGGUAGCUUACUAGGCAUCUUGACUAGUAUUUUGUUUCUUUUGCUACUUGUAGAGUAAUCUGAUGAUUUUAGAGUAAUGUGCAGUGGUGUGAUCCUUCCCAAAAUUUAGUCAACCAGAAAUCAGUUUAGGGUCGGAAAUUUGAUUGUUCAUAUAAUGUCGGUUUUCGUCUUUGGGGUGCAUGCAUAUUGGUUUAACAAUUUUUAGUAUCCAUAUGCUUGACGUCCCUAAGUUAACCAUUGCAACUGUAACACUAGAGUGUGCUUUUCUCCUGUAUGUAGACCAUUGAAAGUCAACCACGAAAUAAGUGGAUAAUAUUCUUCGAUCUAUUUGAUUUUGAUCUCCUUCUUGAUGAA